AUGUUUUGUUCAAGAACUAAACGUCGCCGCCACGCAUGCAAAAAGGACACCUGGCUAAGAUGGACAUUUGAAAUUAUGUGUCUCUUUGUCCAUUCCAGUCAUUCCCUCUCCUCGCUGGGUUACCCCACGCCACAACAGGAACAUGAUCUCAUUAUACUGGAUGCCUUGUCACGACGCAGUGGACCCGGUUACUAUGGAGAAAAUUCUGUUAUGGAAAUGCUGGCAAGAAUGAUACCGCAAACUUGCCGCUAUCGUGGUCAAAAAUUCGAAUGUGGCCUAUCGAUAUCAUGUGUCUUGAGCGGUGGCAAACCUUUGGAUUUAUGUUCCGGUGGCAUGAUAUGGUCCUGCUGUGUAGAUAAGGAGGAAACAAGUGAAGAGGAAACCAACAAAGGUCAAGUCAACAACACCAGUGAUAUCAUACACUUAUAUGACAUCUAUCCAGACUUGGCCCAUCACAAUCACAACAAGCAUCACAGCAGCAGCAGUCACGCCUACAUAACAUCCCUUAAGCGUCCCAUACAUAGUAAUGCGAUUAGCAGCUCCACGACUCACUCGGGCCUAUCGAAUGGCAAUCCCUAUCCGUCCGUCGUAAACAAUCACCAAUAUCAGAUAUCUUCGUCAUCGGCAUCGCAACACUAUACCACAAAUCGACCCCUAGCGCAUUCACACUACAAGCCAAUUACAACACGACCUGCAGCAGGAGGUGGUGGCUUUGCCAAUGCUCCAGGUCCGUGGGAUCAUGAUACCAAUCACAUUGGUGGCCAUGUAGUCGGUGGUGCUGUCAGUCACAGCGGCAUAACAAAUCAUUUGGACAACUUUUUCGAUGUGCCUCCCGAGCCGCAGGUCCAGAGGCCGGGCAGCAGUGGUUUGGACUCGAGUUCACAUUCCUUGGUACCACCAAACGAAUCCAACUACGCGGUGGGAAAUGUUUUGGAUUUGAAUACGGGCGAAGCUGGUGAUGAUUACACAAGCGGUUCAUCGCAUAACGAUGGCUCAUAUCGUCCAGUUCCGGGUUGUGGCGAAGUUUAUACACGUUCGAAUCGUAUUGUUGGUGGGCAUUCGACGGGCUUUGGUUCGCAUCCCUGGCAGGUGGCCCUUAUCAAAAGUGGAUUCUUAUCUCGUAAACUAAGUUGUGGAGGAGCUUUGGUAUCGAAUCGAUGGGUUGUUACUGCUGCUCAUUGUGUGGCAACCACUCCAAAUUCUAAUAUGAAGAUACGUUUAGGAGAAUGGGAUGUUCGUGGCCAAGAAGAACGUCUUAACCACGAAGAAUUUGGUAUUGAACGCAAAGAGGUGCAUCCAAAUUAUAAUCCGGCUGAUUUCAAAAAUGAUUUGGCUUUGAUUCGUUUGGAUCGAAAUGUCGUCUACAAGCAACACAUUAUACCAGUAUGUCUUCCUCCGCCAAACUCCAAGCUGGUGGGCAGAAUGGCUACUGUUGCUGGAUGGGGUAGAACUAGACAUGGUCAAAGUACUGUACCCUCAAUAUUACAGGAGGUAGAUGUCGAAGUGCUGUCCAACGAUCGCUGCCAGCGUUGGUUCCGCGCUGCCGGUCGACGCGAGGCAAUACAUGAUGUAUUUCUAUGUGCUGGCUAUAAAGAAGGUGGCCGAGAUUCAUGCCAGGGAGAUUCUGGUGGUCCCUUGACCCUAACCCUAGACGGCCGAAAAACUUUGAUUGGUCUUGUCUCUUGGGGAAUCGGUUGUGGUCGUGAACAUUUGCCGGGUGUUUACACCAACAUUCAAAAGUUUGUGCCGUGGAUAAAUAAGGUUAUGUUCAAUGACAAUAGCAGCACGUAG